AGUAAUAAAUUCAAAAUGCGGUUACAAUUAAUUCUAGCCAUUACUGUGGCAGUGCUGGGCACAGCUGUUGCCAGUAAUUUGGCAGGAUAUGAAGGCUACAACAAAUAUACCGUCUUCCACGAUAAAGAUAAUGCCUUCCAGUAUAUGGUCGAUCUGCAAUCUCAAGAUGUUGAUUUGGAUUUCUGGUUGCUAUCACGUAAUAUGUCUAUUGUAUCGGUUAGUCCAGUUAUGAUACCGAUUUUCGAAGAACGUCUCAAUGAAUUGGGUGUUACAUAUCAAGCAGUACCCCUUAUGGAAGUGAUGAGAUCAUUCAAUGAAACUUUGAGCAGCUGUGAGGGUAGUGAUUGUGAACACAGUCGUACAAGGAGACAAGCACGUGGUUUCUUCAGUCAUUUUCCCAGAUAUCCAGAGAUUUUAGCUUUUAUGAACGGUUUGGCAUCACGCUACCCUCAAUUUUGUCGUUAUGAAUCUUUGGGUCGCUCAUCGGAGGGACGUCACUUGGCUGCCUUGUCAAUUUCCCUAAAUAGCCGUACACGUCCACGUCGUGUUGCCUAUAUUCAAGCUGGUGUUCAUGGUCGUGAAUGGAUCACCCCAAUGUCAGUGCUUUACUUUGCCAAUGAAUUGCUAUCGAAUAUUCGUGCCUUCCAAAAGGUACUCAACGAUGUCGAAGUAUAUUUGCUGCCAUUGGCCAAUCCGGAUGGUUAUGAGUACACAUUUACAACAGAUCGUUUCUGGCGUAAAAACAGACAUCGUUAUCCUGGUCGUUCAUGUGUUGGUGUUGAUAUUAAUCGUAAUUUUGCCAAUAAUUGGAAUCUUCGUGGUGCCAGUCAAAAUCUUUGCUCUGAAGUCUUUUCGGGAACAUCACCUGCCUCUGAACCGGAAACAUCGGCAAUAACCCGUUACUUGGAAUACAAUCGUCAUCGUGUCAAGUUGAGUUUGGAUGUCCAUUCGUUUGGCAAAUUUAUUUUCUAUCCUUACGGCUAUUCCAGAAAUGCCAAUGCCCCCACCCGUAACUUCUUACAUCAGGUGGCAUUGCGUGCCGGCAGUCAGAUAGCCAAAUAUCGUGGUACCGUUUACACGGUCGGUACAUCGGCCAACAUUUUGUAUGAAGCUGCCGGUGGUCUUGAUGAUUUUGCCUACGGCAAUUUGGGCAUCCCCAUGUCGUUUACCCUCGAAUUGCCGGGUGAAAAUUUCCAAGUGGCCUCCAGUGACAUCAUCCACAUAUGCAAAGAGACUUUUGCUGGUUUUGUUGAAUUUAUUCGUCAUGUUAGUUUGUUUUAA